ACGUCGGCGUCUCCGCCUUGCAUGUGAAGAACAAGACUGCUGGUGCUGUCUCAUUUCGUCACGCCACAUCACGCCCAAACAUGCUGUGAUUUGCGGCUGCGAGUUGCAAGCCAUUCUUUUCGCAUUGUACACAAGAGCGAGGAAGUCAAUUGGGCGGCGUCAUAUUUACAAGAUAUCGGAUAUCUGGCCGUUCGCACCAAAGAACGCGAAACCGACUCGAAGACCGUCCAGCCUUCCCUCGACCACAAUCGCAUACCCACCUCGACAAUGCACAUGUCCGACGACACAGGACCUUCAAGCACCCUCGCAUCGUCCGAAAUAGAGCACCUCGAGCUCUUCCGCCGCUCCCCGCACCCGUACCACCGUCAUCAACACCGCUCGAGUCCCAGUGGGCCCCCUUCGUCCAAAUCCUCAAUCGACAACUCCCUCCGCACAACACCCGUCGCAAUCUCCGACGAAGAUGGGAGAAGGAGGCGGAGGAGAAUAUCUCAAUCGCCCAGUGCGAGCGGCACCGAGGCCGACGACGAGGCUUACGCUUUCGUCAAGGCCCUACCUGCGCCUCCGCUGCGGCCAAGAAAGGGGUUGAGAGACGUAAGGGGGGCUGGGGUGGAGGGCCCGUCUAUGAGUCCGCUUUUGACGCCUAGUCAGGUGGAUGAGGAAGGGAAGAAGUAUGGGGUGGAGUAUUUUAGGAGGAGGAGGGGGAAGGGCAGUGUUGGAGAGGAAACGGCGACGUUGGAUGAGGAGGCGAGGAAAGCAAGAGAGAGGUAUAUCAAACGCAGGAGGAAUGAGUUGCUGAGGAGGACGACGGAGACGGGGUUGUUGGUGUGCAUUGCUGUAUUGACGGUGAGGGGUUGUGGUUGUUGGAGGCAGCUAUGGGAGAGGUGGUAUAGAGAGCUUCUCACAUAUGCUUGCGUGAUUGCGGGACUACUUGGUCUCUACCCCCUGAGACUACUCAUAUACUCGAAAAGAAGAGGUCCGAACACACAGCUACUGCAACGUCCUUGGAUUCGAAUCCCCUCCGCCUUCGAUCCGGCGACAAUCCUAUAUCCGCCCAUCAUCCCAGUACUAAUAUCGAUAUCACUGUACCCCUCAAUGGAGAAGAUCUUACUCCCCAACAUCAUCCUCGGUCUCGCCGCGCUUCCCUCCCGACUUAUCCCCUUCGCGCGAUCCGGCGAUAACUACACCUACUCAUCUCUCCACUGGCUCCUUUCCAUCCUCCCGCUCUUUGUUUCCGAAAACACCGCCUUGGUUUCAAAAGUUCACGCAACAACCCCAUACAAACUCAAACUACCCGGCCCGGAAAAGGGGCUCCAUCCCGAGGUCUUGGCCACCCUCUUCGCACUGCACCACGCCCUCCUCCCUCCGCUCCAUUAUCUCACAACGACCAGUCUACUGCCAGCCGAACUGCAGCUUCUUUCCAUCGGACUCAUCAAUCUGCUCCUCUUCGCCGAAUCCCCUCAAGCCAUCAUCCUGCGCACGAUAGUCUGGGUGGGCGGUCUGGGCCUCUUCAUCCUCUGCGGCAAAGUCCUCAGUUGGAAUGUGGCUCUUGCUCGGAUACCACGAUGGCGUUUCCGUCGCGCGGGCCAGAUGAUUAGGAAUCGGCAGUCCUUUCUAACUGCGUUGACGAAGGGGUUGAAGCGGCGGUCUCGGAGUGCGGGAAGCGCCAGUCGAGACAGUGAUGCUGAUGAUGAUGAGGAUGAGUUCCCUGGUGUUGGGAUCAACAGUUCUUUCAAGAAGACGCAAGAUUUGACUCUGAAUAUGUUGAUUGGGGGACGAGGGGGAAAUGGCCUGGUUGAUAAGGAAAUCAAAUCUGCGAUUGAGCCAAAGAGACCUGCCUUUGCGGAACCUGCCAAUGACGUCGAAGGGACCACGCCCCCGAGAAGAAGAAAUACACUGCCAACUCUGCCAUCCCAGGACAACGUCACCGCUCCCUCUCGAAGUCUCCAACAUCGCCGUCGUCGAGGCAAAUGGGUCGCUCAGUCGUUCCUCGCACUCACGCCUCGCCAAGCCGUGCUCCGGAAAUGGGGAUACGCAGCAUACUUUUACGCCGUCGUUAUAUUCCUGACAUUGGGGCCUAUUCGCUAUCUUAUGGCUCAUCAAGCCCUCGACGGACAGGACCCUUUUGGCUGGGCAAUCGGAUACCUCUUCGGCAACACGCCGUCGUUUCGAUUCUUCGUCUUCAACCACAACCUCCAAUCCUGGAUCCCACUCCCGCCUCUACCCGACGGCCCCGUCCCUCCAAACCCACUCCUCACAAGGCUUAACCGUUACCUCCUCCCUUCAUCGCUGCACCUUUCCCCCGGCCCGGCGUCCACCCGCCUCCUCCUGACUCUCUACCUUCUGAUCGUCUUGAUAGCAGGCCUCACACUCGUCCUCUCCCUCCCCUUCCUCUCCGCCACCAUCCCCUUCUUCCCAACGCCCGACGUAGACACGCGCCGCAAAACCUUCCACUUCACCAUGGUCGCCCUCCUCCUCCCGACACUCUACAUCGACCCUUUAUUCCUCCACCUCGCCCUUGCACUCGUCCUCGCGCUCUUCAUCCUAGCGGAUCUGGCCAGGGCCGCAAUGGUGGCCGGGAUUGGACAGAGGAUUGCACGGUUCCUGACGCCGUUUGUGGAUGGCAGAGACCUGAGGGGUCCCGUCGUCGUGAGCCAUUUCUUCCUCUUGGUGGGGUGUGCGGUGCCCGUUUGGUUGGGGUUGGCCGGUGUGGAGCGCGACGUUAGUGCCGGACCUUGGAGGGGGUGGGAUCUCGUCUCCAUGACUGGCGAGACUGGGGUGAAGGAGGGGAGUGGUGGAAGGGACGUCUCCCUCGUUGCCGGCGUCGUGUGCGUGGGCAUGGGCGACGCGGCGGCCAGUCUUGUCGGACGGCGGUGGGGGAGACGAAAGUGGCCCUGGGCAGGGGGCAAGAGUCUUGAGGGCAGUGCUGCGUUUGCCGGUGCGGUCAUGUUGGGGUUGGUGGUGGGGAAAGUGUGGUUGAGGGUUGGGGGGUGGGAGGAUACCCAUCGAGGAAUAUCGGAAUGGAGUGGCGUUCUCCUGAAAUCGCUCCUCUGUGCUCUGGGCGCCAGCCUCAACGAAGCCGUGCUCACGGGCGGCAACGACAACGUCAUUGUGCCUAUUCUGUUGUGGAUCCUCGUUCGGGGCGUUGGGCUCUGA